AUGAAUGACCAAGAAUUGACAUCAUCUGACAAUCAAACAUUAGAUCGAGAAAUCCUUCAAGAAGAACGAUUUAAUGAGCCGAUUACAACCGCUUCGGCAUAUGCAAAUGACUCACAGAAAAAUAUGAAUUUAUAUGUUGAAAUAAAUGAACGUUCAUCUGAAUGUUUUUUUAGUACGAACACAUUACUUCACUAUUUCACACUAAAAUGUCUUAUGGAUAAUCAGUCAACGCCAUCGGACUAUGAUAAUCUUAUUGAAUUAUUUCGAAUAAAAUUUUCUGUUCCAGAAACAACGAUUGACCAAUUCAAAAAGACCUAUGCACCCGAUCAAGCAAUACAAUUUUAUACGAAACAUGGAUUUAUAUAUCAACCAUUAAACAAAGCAUUGCGUUCAACAAAUAUCAAUCAUCUUGUACGAUUUCGAUUUGUACUUAAAGAUAUAUAUGAUCAGUUAGGUGAUCUUAUGGCUCUUGAACUGAAUGCGCAAACAAGAGAAGUUUAUCGAGGUCAACAGAUGCAUUUCUCUGAAAUAAUGGAUCUAUUUAACAGUUUCAAACAAAAUGCACCGAUUAUUGUUAAUAGUUUCUUUUCAACAUCGCUUGAUAGGCAUAUGGCUGCUGCAUUUCUUAUUGCUGGAUGUGACAAAGAACAUAGUAUGACUCAUGUUCCCGUACUUUUCACGAUUAACAUUCGAAAACAAGACGCAUCAUCGGAUUGCCCAUUUGCUGACAUAUCGAAAUUGAGUAACUUUGAUGAGGAAGCAGAAAUAUUAUUUUCACCAGGUCAAAUGUUUAUGAUCGAGAAAUUACAAACGAUACAUGAGCAUGAUACAAUUAUCUAUUCAAUUGAAAUGAGACUUCACAAUGAAACUAAAUUCAAUCUUAAUGAUCAUUACAAUCGACUGAAAUCUCGAUGGGAAGAAGAAACCCAUGAUUCAUUGAUGCAUCUCGCUAAACUACUUAUGAAUUGGAAGCGAUACGAUGAAGUAAAAGAAUUAUAUGAACAAGUGCUACAUCAGAAGCCUGAUAAGCAAAUACAAAUUGUUUGCUACCAAGGUUUAGCUCAAAUAGCUUCAUUCACGAAUAAUAGUGAUGAAGCGAUGAUCUAUCAACAGAAAGUUAUAGAUUUAAAGUUUGGUAAUGAUCAUUCUUCACUGAUGCCAGACGGUAUUCUAGUCUCGAAUGAAUUUAUUCAAAAUUGUUCUAUAUUUUACGAUAAAUGUCAAAAUGCUACUACACGAUCAUCUCUUUGUCAACCUCUUAACCAAGUUAGCAACUAUUUACAAAGCAAUGGAUGGAAUGAAGUUUUGCAUCAAACUCCACAAAUGACACUCAUGAUUGCUCAGACAUUAAUGAGCAAUCAACAAUAUCAAUUGGCAAUCUUGUUUCUCGAACCAACUUUAUUUAUCAUUAGAUGGACGGACGAUACCGAAUUCGAUCCAUUGCACAAAUUGAAAUGCUAUGAAGCCUUGGGUUAUUGCUAUCAUCACUUAGGUAUGAAUCAGAAAUCUCUAGAAUAUUACAUGUCGGUAUUAGACGAAAAUAUUCAUUUAUCUCCUCAACUCCAUGUUAAAAUAUUAUCUGACGUCGGUCAAGUACUCGAAGAGAUGAAUCAAUGGGAAGAAGCUUUACAAAAAUAUAUCAAAGCGGCUGAAAUCUAUCAGACUGAUUUACCAAAUGCAGAUCCAGAGGAUGUUGCUCAUGUCGAGAAACGCAUUGAACGAGUUACAUCGCACCUUAUUCCACCCGAUUAA